AUGGUAAUAUCGAUUUUGCAUGUAUAUUUAAGAAUUUUUUUUUUCAGAUUUAUUAUUAUGAAUAGUUUAGAGAGUUGGAAAAAGCCACAUGAAACUCCUACAGAAUGGCGUGUAAGACGGAUGUUUUUAAAGAAGAAUUUUGAUAAAAGGCAACCUGAACGUUUGGAAUGUCUCUCAAAUUGUUUUACCAAUGUAAAGUUGUAUGGAGUUUCCUAUCCAUCAAAAGUUAUGGAGGAGAUUGAAGUCCUGGGUGAAGGGAUCGUAGAAGAAGCCACAACGUUUCAUCAAUAUGAUAAGUGA